UGACAGAGAGUGCGCGUGCUGCAGCUCGUACUGACUAGUAGCGACAAACGUAACAAAUAUUACGGCAAAUGAAAUACUUUGGUGUACGGCAGAGGUGCAGAGUUUGCUGGAAAUUUUGACGGACUACAGUAUCCAGGAACAACUAGAUGCAAAAUACAAGAAGUCCGAGAUAUUUGUUAAAAUACGGGGCUACCUUCUUAUAUGUGCAGCACGAUUCAAUUGUAUUCGCUUAGUUGCUUACUGGAUAAAUCUAUGAGGGCUGUGUGUCAAUGCACGCAAGACAACCCCAGAUAAAUCGCAAAAUAAGGACAAUCAUGAGCUCCGAUAUUCUGUGCAGUAGUGCUGUUCUUCAACACAAAAGACAACGCAUGAAACAGAAAAGCACAACACAGAAAGUAGCACGGUGAUAACGAAAGCGUGUUCAGGCCUGAAACUUUAAGUGCAAUGUGUGCGCUGAUCUGAGAGGCAGUCAUACUAAGCCACAAAAAUAGCUGUGAGUCACAUGAAUGACACAGGAAACCAAGCAAACUGACUUAAAUUUUUUAAAUAUUUCCCCUGCACUUGCAUGUUCGCCCCAUGUCGGUGUGGGGUUUCCUCUGGGUUCUCCUGUUUCACCCCACAGUCCAAAAACAUGCUGAGAAACGACAGAGACAGUGACGGUACAGAGGAUGAGGAAGUGAGUGUCAGUCUCCACAGAUCUGGGCUCAGUGACACACACACGUAUGGAUCCUCUGAUGCUCCUGUUUCUUCUCAUUGCUGGGCUCACAGGUGCUGACAGUGUGUCCACAGUUGGAUGGGUGACUGUACAGAGAGGAGGAUCUGUCACCAUCCCAUGUUUCUGUGAUGACAGAUAUAAAACUCAUGUGAAAUACUGGUGCAGAGGGUUUAAUGUAAGUUCAUGUACACCCAUAGUACACACUGACUCUCCACAGGAGGGUAAAGUGUCAGUCAGAGAUGAUCCUGACCAGCGAGUCUUCACUGUGACCAUCAACAAUCUGACAGCUGAGGACUCUGAUAGGUACUGGUGUGGUGUGAAGCAUAGUGGAGCCUCAGAUGUUGGAGAUCGGGUUAACCUGUCAGUCAUUGAUGGUCCUCCAGGGCUGUCAGUGGAGAAACAGGAGGUGACGGGUGUGGAUGGAGACAGUGUCAGUGUUCAGUGUUACUAUGGAAACAACAGAAGACAUAGGAUGUGGUGUAAGAUUGGGGGCUGCUGUGCAUCAGAGAGAUCAGUGAGUUUGGAUGGGAGGCCUGUCCUGAUCAGGGAUGACACAGUAAAUAAAGUCUUCAGUGUGACAAUGAGUGGGCUGGAGAGGAAGGACACUGGCUGGUAUUGGUGUGCUGCUGGAAUCCUGCAGAUCCAAGUUCAUAUUACUGUUAAACGUCCCGGUUCCCGUGUCCCGUCUGUCGCCUCCUCCCUGGCACGCCCGGUGAAGCGCGCCUUUGGAGGGGGGGUUCUGUCAUGACCUGCUCGUCGGCUCCUCAUGUGUGCCACGCCCCCUGCUUACCCACGUGUUCUUUCCCGAUCGUACCCAGCUGCCUGCCUGCACCACCCCGAUCGUGACAGAUACUUUACCCAACACCCGAGGCCUGCAGCGGGGCGUCCGGGCCUAUGCCAGAGCCCCAGAGCUGUGGUGCUAGAGAUCGACUUUUAUUUAAAUUAGAAAUAUAUUAUUUUAUACUAUUCACAAACAAGACAGAUUAAUAAAUAGAGGUAAUGUGCUUUCUGCCAGGAUGGGACUGCUGGCUGUCUGCUUCUUACAUCCAGGACCAGCGGUUAAACGAGAUAUUACAGUCACUCUGCAGUCACCCUGCAACAAUUUGUCAACCGGCGGCCAUUUGUUUCAUUGUUUGUUUCCUUCUCAUGGGCUUAUCGCUCACGACUCCAAAAGCUCUUGUGCUGACGCCCCGUUACCCACUGUCGCGGACAUUAGCUGACCGACAUGCCUAGACAUGCAAUACGCAUAAAUCCCCCCCCCCCAAAACAGGAUGGCUGUGUUUUACCGAUAUAAAAUAGUACAUUUUGUUUAAAGCUACAAUAAAUAUAUUAUAAUAUUUUCAUAAAAUAAUUAAUCUCACCUGUUCACUAUCAGUGCCCUGGGAUAUUAACACUUUGGUCAUGACACUAAUUCAUUGUUCUCCAUCUAAUCAUUUUCUCUGUAGAAUAUCUUUCAUAAUUUAUAUUUCAGUUUCAAGAGUGACCUUUUCUUAGUCUUUAUUAACAGAAAAUUGCUUUUUAUUAACAAUCCUUUCUCCUGU